AUGGCUUAUCUGGAGGCGAUGGAGCGGAGAUUAGAACCGGAGCACAAGCUAUCGAAACGGACCUGGCGACGACUCCGAACUCAGGCAAGAUUGUCGUGGUUCGAACUUGAAGGCGACUCUCGUCCGCCUGCGCUUGCGUCUGAGACUCAAGCUGCAUUAGAACCGGAACUGAAACUGAUCCGCUAA